AUGACUGUGGAGACUGAAGUUAUUUCUCAAGCAGCAUCCCCUUCCUCCAACUACACAGCCACCAUGACCAGGGAUACGCCGUUCUACUAUGUCUGGCCUGCGACGGAGCCUCUCGUGCAGACUUUCGAGUGGAAGGUCGAUGAGACGCCGGUGUCGAACCUUCCGUUGAUGCUCUGCACAUGUAUAGGCUAUGUCGCGUUCAUUCUAGGGCUGAAAUGGUACCGGACAAAGAACAAGAUGGCACCAGUGAAUCUGGGCUUCCUCCCUGCCAUUCACAACCUGAUCCUGUGCCUCUGGUCCCUGGCGAUGUUCCUGGGAACGAUCCACGCAAUGCUCUUGGAUUCCGAGAUCAACAAGUAUGACACCGGCAUGGGCAAGUUUACGUGGCUUCUCUGUUUCCCGUCAACCGUCAAGCCAGUCGGCUAUCUGUGGUUCUGGAGUUACAUCUACUACCUCAGCAAGUACUACGAGCUCCUGGAUACUGUCAUCCUGGUGCUGAAGAACAAGCCGCUGUCGUUUCUCCACGUGUACCACCAUGCAACCAUCGUCUUCCUCUGCUGGCUGUGGCUAACAAACACGCAGUCUCUUCAGGUCAUCGCCAUCACCAUCAACACAGGGAUCCACGUGAUGAUGUACUUCUACUACUUCAUGCACAGCAUCGGCAUGCCUCCUCCUUGGAAGAUGUUCGUCACCAACAGCCAGAUCAUUCAGUUCAUGAUCGGCACUUUCGUCUCCUUCCCCCUCAUCUACUUCCACUUCACCCGGCCGACUGGAUGCGCCGGAUUCGAGUCUUUCUGCUUCAACCUCUUCUUCAACUCCUCGCUCCUCUAUCUCUUCGUCGACUUCCACAUUCGCAACUACGGAAAGGCCGCCAAGGCAGCCAAGGCUUCCCCCCCGCUUACUCUUUCCAUUCAUCCUCUCUUCCACUAUCUUUCCCUUUUCCCGUCUUUCUCUUGGCCCUCUUUCUCUUCCCUCCCCUCGUUCAUUUCCCCCUUCGCCCUCUUUUCCCCACGUUCUCCUCUCCCCACGUUCUCUCUCCCGUCCUCUUAUCCCCUCGUUCUCUUCUCCCGUUCUCUUAUCCCCUCGUUCUCUUCUCCCCGUUCUCUUCUCCCCUCGUUUUCUUUUCCCAUCGUGUUUCUCUCCUCGUUCUCAUCUCCCCUCUUUCUCUUCCCCCCUCGUUCUCUUCCACCUCGCUCUCUUCCCCGUUCUCUUCCCCCUCUCGCUUUCUUCCCCGUUCUCUUCCCCCUCGCUCUCUGUAUCUUUCGUUCUCCUCCCCUUCUUCUUCCCCUUUUCUUAUCCUCCUCUUCUCAUUCCCUCUCCACUAUUUAA